UUUACAUUUCAUCAGUGCAUGGGAAAGUUUUAAAAUACAAAAUAAAUCAUUUUCUAAGUGGAUUUCCUAUGCCGAUUGCUGAUGAAGAAUAAAGUAAUUAAAUUAUUAUACCUAUAUUAUUAAUUAUGAACCCGUCAAACAAGCGCAUGAACACUGUGAAUGAUCCUCAAAGUUCAAAAAGGAUGAAAAAAGAAUGUACAUAUGGCGAAAAGUGUUAUAGAUUAAAUCCAGCCCAUUUCAGAGAGUUUAGUCAUCCACAUUUGGAAGAAAUAUUAGAUAAUUACAAUGGUAAUGGAGAUUACGAUAUUCCUGAAAAAUUGGUGCUACAAAAGAGUAUGAUCGUAGAUCAGUUGAAUAUUAUUAUUGAGAAGAAUUUAUAUGUUGCUAAGCAAAAUAAUGGAAAUAGUACAGUAUCAGAACAAUCAAGUAGUACAAAGAAAGAAGAAAGUAAUUCACAGAUUAAAAAUGAUACUCAAAAUGAACAACAGAUUAAAAAUGAUAAUCAAAAUAAAGAAAAGAUUAAAAAUGAAUGUAAAUUAAAUGAACCACAGAUUAGUAAGGAAGUAGUGAAGAAACCGAAUACAGAUUAUAAAAGAGAUAAAUCACCAAUACAAGAGAAUAAAGUGAGAGAUUCAGACUACCGUCCGAUAAUACCGCCUACACGUAAAUAUCAAGAUUAUUUCAAAGUGAUCCCGCCAAAAGGGAAAAUGGCGGCAAAACAUGAAGCCAGCGCACCGUACCAUAUAUUCUAUACAACUAUAACCGAUGCUAAGGAAACGCAUUCACAACCGUAUUCCAUUACUUUUCAAGAAAUCCUAGAUUCCAGCCUCGGUGAACUAAAAUGCUCGCUCCAAAUCAAUUUUAUGGUGGACCCCAGUUGGUUGCUCGCACAGUAUUAUUUCGCAGGCUACAGUGCGAAAAAAUUAACAAUACUAUAUGGAGAUGACAGUCCAGACAUGAAAACUUUGAGCCAAAAGAAACCACAUGUGGAAACCCAUCUCGUUACCAUGGCAACGCCGUUCGCUAAGCACCAUACGAAAAUGAUGGUCCUAUGCUAUGAAGACGGUUCCACACGGGUCGUUGUUUCGACGGCAAAUUUGUACAUCGACGAUUGGGAGAACAGAACACAGGGGCUCUGGUUCAGCCCCCGCUGCCCCCAACUGCCCCCGGAGGCUAUGCCCCACGACGGGGAGUCCCCAACAAUGUUCAAACGGUCCCUUAUUCGGUACUUGGGGCACUAUCAUUUACCCCAAUUGACAUAUUAUAUGGACAGGAUAAAGAGAUGCGACUUUUCGCAUAUAAACGUGUUUCUAGUCGCCUCAGCGCCGGGCUCGCACUUCGACACGGACUGGGCUCUCACACGGGUCGGAUCGCUGCUGAGACAGCAUUGCUGUGUACAGCGCGCUGAGAACAAGGACUGGCCGCUGAUCGCGCAAGCUAGCAGCUUGGGCAGUUAUGGGAAGGAGCCUAAGUUAUGGCUGACAGGCGAUUUCUUGCAUCACUUCACGAAAAUUAAGGAUCAGGCGCAAACUUUGUCAACUCCACCACAAUUGAAACUGAUCUAUCCUUCUUUGGAGAACGUGCGACAAUCGCACGAUGGUCUGCUCGGCGGCGGUUGCUUGCCGUACGCGGGUGAAGCUCAUUCCAAACAGAUUUGGUUAAAUCAGUUCUUGUACCAAUGGCGCGCAACAUCCUCGCACCGCAACAAAGCGAUGCCGCACAUGAAAUCCUACACACGGAUAUCGCCGGAUAACAAAAUGGCGGCCUUUUAUUUACUCACUUCAGGGAACGUGAGCAAGGCCGCUUGGGGCACGAUUAAUAAGGGCAAUAGGGCACUCCGCGUGAUGAGCUAUGAGGCAGGCGUGCUGUUUCUACCCAAAUUUGUGAUAAACGAAGAUUUUUUCCCCCUUACCGGAGAUCCUAAGAAAAAGCUAAUAAUACCGUAUGAUAUUCCACCCACUAAAUAUACAAGUGAUAUGUCGCCUUGGGUUUCCGAUUAUUUGUAUUGAUUUUAAAUAAAUAAUGUUUGUUA